GCUGUCAAUAUUAUAAGUAAUAAGCCAUCAUUUAUGUUGCUCAUAUAACCUUCAUUUCGCUUAUCCCAUCACCUUAAGGGGAAGCCUGAUUUCCAGGCGAUCACUAGUUACCCCUAUUGAAGACAACUACCGGAAUCAUCUGUGACUUAUAGAGAGAUUCGACCAGUACGCACAUAAACUAUGGAUUUUCAGGAUUCCUUAAAUUUAAAGUUUCAGGCAGUGACAUCAACACACCCGGGAACAGAAACCAGAAUGAUGCGAGUUUUCACCUUUAUCCUGUGGCUGUGUACACGCACAACCCAAACAAAUACAAAAGAUUUUGUUGGGGUUUUAGCCGGUAUGAAAGACCUCACCGUUUUCGCAGACGGCCGUCUUGUUGGCCACAACAAUGGCAUCUGGGACGUCGCGAGGUUGAUUUCCUUUUCUAGCGAAACGAAAAUCAUUGCCGUCUCCGUUUACAACGAACCAGAAUAUUUGACUGGAUUCCUCGGAGUGUUCAGUAACGGAGUGGUCACGGAUAGAAGCUGGAAAUGCAUAAACACCAACAGCCCAGGAAAGGGAUGGGAGCAAACCAAUUUCAAUGACGAUGCAUGGCCGCACGCCUACAUGAGUUACAAUAACAGCGUAAGAAGAGCGUAUGGAAUCCCAUCAAGUAUUUACUGGAUUAAUCCGGUAAUUGAUAAUGCGAUCAGAUUUUUCUGUAGACGUCGCUUUAGUAAGGAGGAAAGAAAUAGCACCAACACUUUGAUAUCCAUCUAUGGCUCUGAUCGAAACAACACUAUCAGGUUGUAUCUCGAUGGAAUUUUUACAGCAGAAACAGAACACAGCUUGACGGUUCUCAAAAAAGACCAGCACAAACUUCAAGCGGUACAGGUUGAAGACGGUUCCGCAAAAGAUGUUUUCUUUCUGGCGUCGUCCAGUAAUGGUAUUAAAACCGACGAACAUUGGAGAUGUACAAACGUUUUCGACGACGGCUGGUUUCUUCCUAAUUACACCGAUAUCUCGUGGCCAAAAGCCUUUGUUCUUGACAACAAUACUCGUGCUUACUUUAUAGCACCAGACGCUAAGUGGAUCGGAUAUGAACGUGAAAGUAAUAGGAUCUACUGCCGACGAAACCUAACUACGGCAACUGGGUCAAGAAACCCGGAAUCUUCACCAAGGGUAGUUUAUUCUACCAACUCGAUUGCAUCGACGACAGUGAUAAUCAGGCCUUCACCAGCAACUUCUACCGCGAUUGCAACCAAAACACAAAGUGUUUCAAAUCCUUCAAGAGUUCCAGGUAAUGGACGCCAGGAUGCCAGCUGCAUGGAAACGAACAGGCUGUCUACAUUAGAGAUGGUGUUGAUGGCUGUUUGUGGUGGUUUGACGGCUGUGGUUAUUGGGCUAGCUGCUCGUCUUUGUAUUCUGAGGAAACGAAGAAGAACGAGGGAAUAUACACUCAACGAGGUUAACAGCAAAAAAGAGACGAAUGAGGGAUGGGAAAUGAAGCGCAAUGACGUCACUAUAUGCGAAGAGUUCGGUCACUGUGACUUUGGCAAAGUGUACAUAGGAGUCAUGAAAACCCGUUUGUGUAUAGCACACGGACCAUCGACCCAGGAAACCAUCGAGACGAGAAAAAAAUCGACAAGAAUUGUAGUUGUGAAGAUGCUACAAGACAAUGCCACUCCGGAUCAGAAGAACGACUUUAUAGAAGAGAUUACCCUGAUGAAAGCUGUUGGUUCACACAAGAACAUCGCGAGUUUGAUUGGCUGUUGUACCAAGUCCGCACCAAAUUUCCUCAUCGUGGAGUUUGCAGCAAAAGGAAAUUUGCUUUCUUUUCUAAGAGAACGAAGAACAAAGCAGUGUGAGCUUGAUACCAACGAUGUUGGCCAAGUCAACGUCGCUUUCUCGAAAGCUGAGAGCUGCGUUGACAUAAGAAUUAGCAGCGCUCAGUCCUUGCAGGAUGAAGAACAAGAUCAAGAUAAACACGAUUCCUUGACUUCUCAGGACGUGAUGUCCUUCUGCUGGCAAAUCGCACAGGGAAUGCAAUACUUAUCAGCAAAGGGCAUUGUCCAUCGAGGUCUCGCCGCUCGCAAUGUCUUAGUCUGUGACACCAACCUUGCCAAAGUCGCCGAUUUUGGUUUGCGGCGAAACAGGGAAAACCAAAUUGUAGUGAAAUGGACGUCACCUGAAGCCAUGAAUGAUGGUGUUUUUACUGAAAAGAGUGAUGUGUGGUCAUAUGGAGUCGUUCUCUGGGAGAUUGCAACUCUUGGUGGUUUUCCUUACCCCCGCAUCAGAAACAGCGACCUUCUGAAACUGCUGGAAAGAGGACAUAGAAUGGAAAAACCAGAGACAUGCUCAGAGGAGUUCUAUCAAUUGAUGACGCGUUGCUGGGACUACAAUCCUGAUGCUCGGCCAACCUUUACCGAGCUGUGCCAAGAUCUGGGAGACUGGAUGCGAGCAGACACUUGUUGUAUGGACAUAAGCCAGUUGAACGAAGAUCAACCCUACUAUAACGAAUCUACAGUAUCAGUAUCCAGCAGAUUGUCGUACCAAGAGCAUGCUUACUAUCAAUUGAUGACGCGUUGCUGGGACUACAAUCCUGAUGCUCGGCCAACCUUUACCGAGCUGUGCCAAGAUCUGGGAGACUGGAUGCGAGCAGACACUUGUUGUAUGGACAUAAGCCAGUUGAACGAAGAUCAACCCUACUAUAACGAAUCUACAGUAUCAGUAUCCAGCGGAUUGUCGUACCAAGAGCAUGCUUAUGAGAGUCCUUCCUGA